AUGCCAGGCACUAUCGCAAUAGAUGGUGGGCGAGAUGGCACCGGAGAUGUUCAGGUUUCCGGUUCAAAGAAUGCCGGGUUACCACUUAUGGCGGCAACACUAGCAGCAGCCGGGCCCAAUGUUUCGCGAGUUGGCGGCAACCUAAAAAUUAACACCACAAAUGCAACGUCUCUAUUUAUUCCUUUGCAGCUUACUCGUAGCUUGAGAGCAUCGAUAUUGUUUCUUGGGCCGCUCGUUGCUCGAUUUGGGUAUGCCUGUUUAAGCUUCCCUGGUGGCUGUAGCAUUGGGAAACGUCCGAUUGAAGAACACAUAAAAGGCCUCAGAAAGCUUGGGGCUUGUGUCAGAGUGACAGACGGGCACAUUGAGGCUCGUGAUUCUCGCUUACAAGGAGCAACCAUAUACAUGGAGAUCCCCUCGGUGACUGGAACCAUGAACCUUAUCAUGGCAGCUUGUUUGGCUCGCGGGGUGACACAUAUACACAACGCAGCUCGUGAACCAGAAGUGGGUGACUUGAUCAACCUGCUGGUCCUCAUGGGAGUAGACAUUUAUGGCACGGGGACUGACCACCUUAUCAUCCAUGGCCGGAGUGCGCCUCUGUCACCUUGUCAGUACGAAGCUAUGGAAGAUAGGUUAGAGGCGGGCACCUUUUUAAUCCUUGGGGCAAUAUAUGGGAACCCUCUUACUGUACAUCCCUGUCACGCUGAGCAGCAUGCAAUGUUGAUCAAAAAGCUUAGGGAAGUAGGUGCUCGUGUUGAUAUAGCGGACAAGUCCAUAACAGUCCAGAAAGCAAGAAAACCUUUAGCUGUCGACAUUUUGACUGGACCCUAUCCCGCAUUUCUAACAGACCUACAGCCACAAUUUAUGGUGUUGCUUUGUUUAGCCCAAGGCACAAGUCACGUUAUCGAGUCCAUUUUUGAGAGCAGAUUUAGUCAAUGCUUUGGUCUCCAGGCCAUGGGGGCAGAUAUACGCAUUUGUGAACAGACAGCCAUAAUCAGUGGAGUGGAGAAGCUGUCUGGUGCCCUCAUGUCUGGUUCGGGUCUGAGAGCCAGUGCGAGUCUUGUUCUUGCAGCUGUUGCUGGCAGAGGGAGGUCCAUCGUUGUCGGUGUAAAGUAUAUUGAUAGAGGUUAUUACGACCUGGAAAGAAAACUGGCAAAGAUUGGUGUGAUUGUUGAACGGUUACCUAAUUAA